AUGGGGAUCAGCUUUCCAGUCCUACCCGAAGCUGAAAGUCCCACGCGUUUUACGCUGCUUGGUGCAUGGCUUCGUUGGUGCGACAAGUUCCAUUAUUGCAUGAAUGAUGCGGCCAAAUCCGAGACAGCAUUGCCGACUCGACUCCUCUACGUUGGCGAUCCCGAUCCCAACAUCCUACGUCUCUACUGUCCCAAGGAAAAUCAGAGAUUGAAAUAUGUCGCGUUGUCCCAUUGCUGGGGUGAACACCCUCCUACCAAGGACAGCCCUCGAUUCUGCACAACCGAUGAUAACAUUGAAACACGACUCAAACGGUUUGGUUUCUCUGAGCUGCCAAAGACAUUCCAGGACGCGGUUCGAAAUGAUUGGGGGCGCGAGGCCAAGCGUAUGGAAGACGUCUUCGCCUCAGCCUACUGCACAAUCGCUGCAACUUCAGCUGCCAACUCGGAAGCGGGGUUCCUUAAGCGGAGUGUGAGCACUGAAUGCGUCCUCGUCCAAGAUGCCUCGGGCGGACGGUUCUACAUCUGCGCCGAUACGGACGAUUCCAACAACCACGUUGAUAUAGAUGAUUUCAACGACCACGUGGAGAAGGCUCCGCUCAACACGAGAGCGUGGGUAAUGCAAGAAAGGAUUUUGUCGCGACGAACGAUCUAUUUCAGCGACAAGCAGAUGUACUGGGAAUGUAGCAAGGGGAUAUACUGCGAAACCCUCACCAAACUAAACAGCUCUUUGCGAAAGACAUACUUCACGCUCGAUUCAAACUUCCCCGACCGACUCCUUAAAUCGGGAGAUAGACGUACUACGGAAUUCCUUCGCUUUUUUUCCGAAGAGUAUUCGAAGCGUGACCUGACAAAGGAGACGGACAGAUGUUUUGCAGCAUCCGGGUUAGAAGCCCGUAUUGCAGGCGCCAUGUGGUGUCAAAGCAGAUACGACAUCUUCGGGAUGUAUCUCCAUAGGAAUCUCCUCUGGCAGAGGUCUGCGGGGGAGAAGACGCCGCGGAUUGGGUACGAGCCCGGGCUCGUGCCAUCUUGGUCAUGGAUGGCAUACGGGGGAAGUAUUCGGUUCAUGGAAAUUCCUUUUGGUGACGUAGACUGGGCUCAAAAUCUCCGAUUCAUUGAGGAGGAGGAGGGGAAGAAGAAUCAUGUGUUGCUUACCGACGUGGGAGUUUUCUGGAACUGUAGCUUGGAACAACGGGAUGCAAGUUAUGCCGUCCUGGACUCAAGUAAAGUCGAAAGAGGGCAGAUUUGGUACGACAUCGAGGUGAGUAUAGACCCUCAUACUGAGCGGUGUAUUGUCGUUGGGAGGAACUCUCCUGGAGGCGAGCAUGGGUCAAGCAAUAAGUACUACAUCUUAGUUGUCAGACGGACUAGUGUGGAUGAUGAGUAUACGAGGGUUGGGGUUGGAUGGGUUGACAGUGAUUACGUGUUUCGCUCACCGAUUCACUACGCAGUAAGCACUCUUCAUCGAUAUUGCGUAAUCAAGAUAAGAUGA